UCUCAGGUGCUGUGUAUUGAUGAAGCAACAGCAAGCGUUGACCUAGAAACAGACAAACUGAUACAGCAGACAAUCAAAAAUGAAUUUAAGGAGAGCACUGUUUUAACCAUUGCUCACAGGUUAGAUACGUUGAUACUAGCGAGAAAUGAUGUGGUAUUGAUUAUCGAGUCGGCUAACUCAAGUUUGACACAGAGUUGAAAUCUAUCAGUUGAGUUGGCGGCUUGUUCUAGAGUACACUAAAAAUUUGACCUUAGAGAGAAGACACGAUCCAUUAGCGAAAUCUUUUGCCUUUCUUUCUUUUUCUGCAUUAAUAGAGAGAAUUAGACUUUGUUUUGCGGCUGACGGCAAACGUCAGUUGACAAUUUUUUAAGAGCUGAUAAAAACAGUCUUUGCAAAAUAACCCUUAUGGGUGAACCUGACACGAAAGUAGUCUACUAAUUUUUCUGUAGAUGUAACCAACAGAAGACGAAAGAGAAAAGUUGGUCACGUGAUAAAAACUUACGUUUUCCGCUUUUCUAAGUGAUUUUGAGUCUCCAAAUUCUGACCAUCUGCAGUGAAUACGCGGCACGUGUGCACAUCAUAAAUAAUAUAAUAUUAGAAAGUGGCUUAUAAGACUACUACAAUUCAGGAGAGUUCCUUUGUUACUUCUGAUCAACGCUUCUCAGUUACUUAGGUUGUUAGCAAGUGGGUAAUAUUAGGGAGCUCGAGCAAAGAGACGUUUUUGAGGUGCAGUUGACGCACAACCACAAAAGUAGACCUUUUUGCAUUGUUGGGUAGUACUUUUGCCCAGAUUUUUGAGCAAAUCGUCUCUAUAAGAGUAAAGACACUUCGUAAUACAAAUUCCCUCACUUCCGGCGGUUGAUAUUCAUUGCUCAAAAAAGCCUUUGUGUAAGCUCCCUACAAAUAGUCAAUGCAAUCUCCCUUGUUUUAGGCUCAAUACCAUUAUGGAUAGUGAUCGUGUUCUUGUCAUGGAUCGAGGGACUGUGAUCGAGUUUGACACCCCACAAGCAUUGCUGAGAAACAAACAUUCUUUCUUCUAUGGACUGGUGCAUAGAAGCAAAUCUGAACAGAGUUAA